CCAGCCUGAGCAAACAGCAGCUGAGCGUUCCCAAGGCCCAAAUGCCGAGGAAGCCUGGUUCUCAUCUGAGGGGUGGUCGGAGUUGCUGGCCCCCCAGGCUCUUUUCUGACAUCUCCCUCUGCCUCGUGAUCCUGAUGGGCCAGGUGGGCUUGCUGCAGGGACACCCCCAGUGCCUGGAUUAUGGACCCCCUUUCCGGCCGUCCCGGCACCUGGAGUUUUGCUCUGACUAUGAGUCCUUCGGCUGCUGUGACCAGCGAAAGGACCGCCGUGUUGCCGCCCGGUACCAGGACAUCAUGGAAUACUUUGAUCUGAGGGGCCAUGAGCUGUGUGGAGUUUACAUUAAAGACAUCCUGUGCCAGGAGUGCUCGCCCUACGCUGCUCACCUCUACGACGCCGAGAACCCGCACACGCCCCUGCGGAACCUUCCGGGUCUCUGCUCCGACUACUGCUCUGCAUUCCACUCCAACUGCCACUCCGCCAUCUCCCUGCUGACCAAUGACCGUGGUCUCCAGGAUGCCCAAGCGAAGGACAGUGCCCGCUUCUGCCACCUCCUCAACCUUCCUGACGAGGACUACUGCUUCCCGAACGUCCUGAGGAAUGACCAUCUCAACCGCCAGCUGGGCGUGGUGGCCGAGGACCCUGAGGGCUGCCUGCAGCUCUGCCUCGCCGAGGUGGCCAACGGGCUGAGGAACCCCGUCUCCAUGGUCCACGCUGGGGACGGCUCCCAUCGCUUCUUUGUUGCCGAGCAGGUGGGAGUGGUGUGGGUCUAUCUUCCUGAUGGCAGUCGCCUGGAGCAACCCUUCCUGGACCUCAAGAGCGUUGUGUUGACCACUCCAUGGAUUGGGGACGAAAGGGGUUUCUUGGGUUUGGCUUUUCAUCCCAAAUUCCGCCGCAACCGCAAAUUCUAUAUUUAUUAUUCAUUUCUGGGCAAAAAGAAGGUUGAAAAGAUCCGGAUUAGUGAGAUGAAGGUUUCUCCAGCUGAUCCCAACAAAGCUGACCCCAAAUCAGAGAGGGUCAUCUUGGAGAUAGAAGAACCGGCCUCAAAUCACAAUGGUGGACAAAUUCUUUUUGGCGUGGAUGGCUAUAUGUACAUAUUCACUGGGGACGGAGGGCAGGCCGGGGAUCCCUUUGGCAAGUUUGGAAAUGCUCAGAACAAAAGCUCACUGCUGGGAAAAGUGUUAAGGAUCGAUGUGAAUGGGGCAGGCUCCGAUGGCAGGCAGUACCGAAUCCCCUGGGACAAUCCAUUUGUUUCUGAGCCAGGAGCUCAUCCCGCCAUCUAUGCCUAUGGGGUCAGAAACAUGUGGCGCUGUGCCGUGGACCGCGGAGACCCCAUCACGCGCCGGGGCCGAGGUCGAAUCUUCUGUGGGGAUGUGGGCCAGAACAAGUUUGAAGAAGUUGACCUCAUUAUUAAAGGAGGGAACUAUGGCUGGAGGGCCAAGGAGGGGUUUGAGUGUUAUGACAGAAAACUUUGUCACAAUGCCUCUUUGGAUGACGUUCUGCCAAUCUUUGCCUAUGGCCACGCUGUGGGGAAGUCGGUCACUGGAGGCUAUGUCUACCGUGGAUGCGAGUCCCCUAAUCUGAAUGGCCUCUACAUCUUUGGGGACUUCAUGAGUGGUCGACUUAUGGCUUUGCAGGAAGAUAGGAGAACCAAAAAAUGGAAGAAGCGGGAUGUUUGCUUGGGCAACACAGUGACCUGUGCCUUCCCAGGGCUGAUCAGCAACUAUAGCAAGUUCAUCAUCUCCUUUGCCGAAGAUGAAGCAGGGGAGCUGUAUUUCCUGGCCACCUCCUACCCGAGUGCCUACGCGCCCUAUGGAUCUAUUUACAGAUUCGUUGACCCCUCAAGGCGUGCACCCCCGGGCAAGUGCAGAUAUAAACCCGUGCCCGUGAAGACCAAGAGUAAGCGGAUCCCGUUCCGGCCACUUGCCAAGACAGUCUUGGACUUGCUAAAGGAGCAAUCCGGGGGAGCUGCCAGAAGAGCAUCCAACGUGACCUUAGCCUCCAGCGCAGACCGGGCCUCGCCCAGGAAGCCGGCUCCUCCCACAAACAGCAAGACAAGGGUGCGAGGGCCUGGUAGAAAGAAGAAAGCCAGAGUGAGGUCCCCAGCCCCCCAGCGGCUGAGGAAGAAGGAUCUGAACGCCCGCAGUGGCAGGAUGAGGCCGUCUUCACGGCGGGGGCCGGUGGGGGGAGGCAGUUUCCCUUGACCUUUUGGUGACGGUGGCUGGUGGGGCCAUGGUGGAGAAGAGAGCUCCACUCUGCCUCAUGGAAGCCACUGCUCAAGGUGGACCCUAGAAAUGUGGGAAGCUGGGGGUGGAGGUGGGGGCAGGCAGAUGGGACUUGUCCAAGGUCCCUCUGGUUGUCCUCUCUGGGAAAUCUUGCUCCCUGCUGAACGACAAGCGCGCUUUGUCCUUUCCCGGCGCUUCUGCAGGCAGGCUGUGUCCCACGUUGCUAGUGUACCUGGGUUACUACUGCGUCUACCCAUCUAGAAACCUGCUUGGGGUUCCUUGGGAUGCCUCUAUGAUGUCUUGUAAAUGCCUGUGACCUGAAGGGAUAGAUCAACACUGGCUGCAGCUGACACCUGUCCUUUGAGCUCCUGGAUGUUUGUCUGGCAUUAGGAAGUUAGCCUGCCUCACAGAGCUUGCCUAGGAGCCAGACUUCUCUGUCCCACCUCAUCCGGGGUCUAGGAGGAGGCCCGUGAGUGACAGCUGCCAUGGAAAACUCUAAAAUGGUGUCCCCUUUGCCCCAGUCCAAAGCUCACCAAGUUAACUAGAACAGGCUCAAUUUUGUAUAUCUAGCACCUACUAUUUGGUCUUGGCAAAUAGAAUAAUAAAUUUAAAUCUGUAUUAUCGAGUCUCUAUUAUUAUCAGCCAAGUUUAUAUACUUUAUCUUGGAACCUCACAACCUUGCUUCUUAUGACUGCUGUAGAACUGCUGCUGAGGAUGGAGGAAGAGGCUUCGGGAGGGUGAGUGACGGGCUGCAGUGGUGAGGGAGCGGCAGCCAUUCAGCUGGCCUUGACCCAUUGCCCUCUGUCUGCUGUGCACCUGCCUCCCCCAGGGGACUUCAAUGAGAUUGCGGCCUUUGAACCAGGUAUUAGAGGACUUAAGAACUAAGAGAGGAAAUGAUCCCUCUCUUCAUGAAGUUCUUCAGAUCAUGCAAAACAUCCAAAAGUGUGUAGGCAAUUUGGCUGAAGGGGAACGAAACCAUAAAAUGCCAGGAGUGUUAGGAUUGUUCAGAGGUCAUGUGCUGCACUGCUUUAGAUAGGGCUGGGCACUCCCCGGGCAGAUUUUGAGACUUCCAUAAAAACAGGUGCUGUCUUAGGUAUCUCACCUCACCUCCCCUACAUCCAUCAAGACUCUCUGAUUCAUUUUCUCUCAUUCAAUCUUUAUGAAAGAUAGGAAAUGCUCUAUUAUUUUCUGAAGAUCAUUUUUAGAUCAUCUUUUAAUUUCCCCCCUUUGCCCCUCCAAAUAGUGCCCCCCUCCUUUCUUUGCCUACCUUUGUAGCUCCUGUGCAUACUCUUCAGGGUCUGAGCAACCCUGUUAUUAUAACUUUUAAAAAAAUUGAUGAGACUUC